AUGCAACUAACAGGAAAAAGAAGAAGGUCUCAAACAUCUGCCAAGGAAGAUGAAGAAAUACAAGGAACAGCAAUAAAGAAAAGAGGUAGAAAGAAGAUGGUGAUACCACAGAAGAUGAAAUUGAAGGAAAACCAACAGAAAAAAGAGGUAGACGGAAGAAAAUUAAAGAAGAUGGUGAUAGCAGAGAAGAUAAAAUUGAAGAGAAAAAAAGCCUGUGGAGGUUUACAAACAAACACUACAAUGAAGAUUGCAGCAAUUGAAGACUGGAAAAAUAUAAACUGGUGCAAAUAUCUUAGUGAUGCAUUGCUACAUAGUAGGACUUCAUGUAAACCAAGAAACAAAGGCGUUUACUAUGCUGAGCCAUUUCCAUUCUUGCUACUUCUCUAUCUACAUUUAACUGAUUGCCAAAACCAAUACGUCAACCGAAAAAUAAGACCAAUAUGCUACUGGAAUUAUGGAAAAAUUAAAUCAAGACAAAACAUUGAAAAGGCUCAAGGUCAGUUAGGAUUGGUCACAUUGGUUGAGGAUAUUGAUUCGAUACAAUUCAAAGAUGAAGAAGAUGUUGAAUUUGUUAAUGAAAAAAGAAAAGGAAAACAAGUUGAAAAAGAUAUAGAUACAGAAGAAAAUGAUGACAUUGGUGCAGAGAACUAUUGUCUUUUGGUAGAAAGUGAGUCUAAAACCAUUUUGGAGUGUAGAAACAGAAUUGAAAAAACAUUGGAACAUGCACUUCAAAAAUAUCCAGAUGCUAGAGAACUAUGUGGAUGGUUUGAAAGGUUUGUGAACUUUGAAAAAGUGUUGAACAAAAACGUUGUCGAAUCAUCAAGAACCAAAGAAAAAGAAAAUGAAAAUGAGACAGGUGAAGAAGAAGCUACAAGCGAAAGAGAAUUUGAAAAAGUGUUGAAUGAAAACAUUGUUGAAUCAUCAAGAAGAAAAGAAAAUGAAAAUGAGACAGAUGAAGAAGAAGGUACAAGAGAAAGAGAAUACAAUAAUCCAAUCUUUGAAGAUAAUAUGCCAAAGACACCAAAUAUGGAGGAUGAACAAAAUGAUUUUCUUACCAAUGAAUUUCAAGGAGAAUUUGCAGACAAUUUAAUGAAGAAGAAAGUUGCAAUUUUUAAACUGAAGUGGUGGACAGAAAACAACAUGAAUGACAGUGGAGUUAUGUUGAUGAGACAUAUGGAAAAUUUCAAAGGACAAGGACCAAAUAACUGGAAUUCUGAGAUUGAAAAAGAUCAAAAGCAGUAG